CUGUUACCUUGGCAAUGCAGUUGCACAGUCUGGGGUCGUCCAAGCAUUGAGCCGCUAUGGCGUUGCCGAUGCUGCCUGGAAAUUCAGUCAAUAAAAAUCUUGGAAGGGACAAAUUUCACAAGUCUCAGCAUUUUGAUUAUUUAAAUGGAGUAGCCAUGGUGGUUGGGGCAGAAAAGCCAGCUAUUGGAGGGGAACUGCUACCUGGGCAGAGGACAAGACCCAAGUAUUCACUCUUUCCAAAGGGAGAAGGCAGAGAUGCCCCAGCAUGGUUAGCCUUUGACAAACAGGUCCUAUGUUUUGAUGCUUAUUUCCAAGAAUCUGUUCCUCAAAGGAGGGAAGAAAAAUAUAGAGUAAGAAAGUGUAAGAUUUACUUUUACUUGGAGGAUGACACCAUACAAGUAGUGGAGCCAGAACUCAAAAACAGUGGGAUCCCACAGGGUACCCUAAUUCGGCGCCACCGCAUUCCUCUCCCAGCUCCUAAAGAUGAUCUCUUUCACAAUGUGCACCAUUUCAAUAUCAAUCAGGAAAUAGUGCUCUAUUCUAAGACCUUUAAAAUUACGGACUGUGACCCCUUCACACACAACUUCUUGAGAAAAAUCGGGGUGCGAAUAAACCCCACUGCUUCAACGCCCACAGAUCCCUAUACCACCCAUCGACAAGAGAUGGAGGAGAGCAUGAAGCCACUAAGGCCAUAUGAAAGAAUGGAUACCCUAAAGCAGUUCUUGGAACAUGACCGCAAAGUCCUGUGCUUCUGUUGCUACUGGGAUGACACUGAGAACAUGUUUAGAGACCCCAGAAAGCUGAUCUUGCAUUACUUCCUGGCAGAUGAUACCAUAGAAAUUCAUGAAGUUUUCCAGCCAAACUCAGGUCGAGAUGUUGUCCCUAAAUUUCUGCACAGGGGAAAGCUUCCCAAGCAUGCUCCUAUUCCCAAACAUCAGCCCGGAGAAAUAACAGACCGCACAGUCCUUAAUGUAUUUGGACCAAUCGGACAAGAAGGACGCUACAUUUUGGAUAGCCUCAAAACUGGAGCUGUAGAGGAAGAAUUCUAUAAAGACUGUGACCUGACCAUUGGAAGCAUCAUUAAUGUGUGGGGUCGUAGGAUUUUGAUAUGCGAAUGCGACAAUUUCACUAAAGAGUAUUAUCGCUCCAAAUACGGUAUUGAGGACUUCACACCUGUCUCAUAUACAACCCCGCCCCCUGCUAAACCAACAAGGCAGGUGCCACCAUACACUGGAUUUGGAUCUGAGGAAGAUUCCCUCUGCUCCUGUCAGGGUUUGCUGCCCAAGCCCCCACAGAAGGAUUUUAGGAAACUCAUGGAAAAAGACAGGCAAGGCCUGGUAAGCAACGUGUUGAGAUUUGUGGGGAAAAUGACAACAGAGAACCCUAUCGACAAGGAACGUGUUUUUAUCAUAUCGUUCUACCUUAGUGAUGAUACAAUAGCAAUCUUUGAACCUCCUCAGAGAAACUCAGGCGUAAUUGCGGGUAAGUUCUUGGAGAGAGGCCGAGUGAAGAAGCCAGGUCAGGAGCUCUUUAAGAGUGAGAUGUCGGAGUAUUUCAAAGCUCAGGAUUUGUAUGUGGGAGCUGAGCUGCAUCUGAACAAUCAGCCCUUCCAUUUGCUGGAUGCUGAUGAAUUUACAUUCAACUAUUUGCAGCAGCAUGCAGAGGAGUUCCCCAAGGCCAACAUUGGCACCAUUAUAAGCAAGAUAAAGUUCAUCAGUGAGGAAAAGCUGAAAGAAGUAAAACAGUUCUUUGCGAUGAGCGACCCAAGAAACACUGGUUUGAUUCCAUAUGAGUCAUUCAGGACUCUGUUGGCAGAUAUGGGCGUUCAGUUGUCUGAGCAUGAGAUCAUGACUCUGGGUCGCACCUAUUCAGUGCAGGAGCAGCCAGAGGAGGAUGUGAGCCUCAUGCUUGCUGUGGCUCAGGAUCAGCUAAAAAAGAAACACUUUGAGAACUUUUUAGAUAUGGUGCAAGCUUUCACGCAUGAGGACCGAGAAAGAUCUGGACACCUCUCUGCCAAAGAGGCACGGAUCAUCUGUAAAUCUUUCCGACUGCCCCUGUCUGAUGACCUACUGAGAAUUCUUCUUAACAAGUUUCAGGAUAAGUCUGAGAAGAUUGACUACCAUGCCUUCCUCUCAGGCAUCAACUGGAGAGAAAACCCCACCCCUGCUGUACACCCAGACGUCACCUUGAAGUUUGAUGUAGACCGGAGAGGAGAAGCUGUAGACCCUGCAGUUAAAACCAUCAACUACUCACUCUUGCUGGAGGAUGUCUUUGGCAGUGCAGCAAACAUUAAUGACAGCUGAGAAUGUCCCAUUGGGAUCCUCAACCUAACUCCACAACAAGCUCAAGAAAUCUGCUCCACUUCGUGUAUUGCACAGAAUAAAUUCUCA